AUGUCCUCGUCUCCCGAGAAGCCUCUUAUCUUGUACACCGGUCGCUCGCCGAACGGGUUCAAGACCACCAUCUUGGUCGAAGAGCUCAAAGCCGCGUACGGCGCCGCGGGCCCAGACGUCGAGAUCUUCCCCAUUGACAUCAGCACGAACAUCCAGAAAGAGCCCUGGUUCAUCGACAUCAACCCGAACGGCCGCAUGCCCGCUCUCGUAGACCGCUCGCGCGGAGGGUUCAAAGUCUUCGAGAGCGCGGCGAUCUUGCUGUACCUCGCGCACCAUUUCGAUAAGGAGAAGAAGUUCACGUUCGACGUUGAGAAGGAGGCGGAUGAUUGGAGUGAGAUGGUGCAGUGGGUGUUCUGGGCGCAUGGUGGCGUGGGACCGAUGAUGGGCCAAGCGGCGCAUUUCAAGUUCACGUCCGAGAAGAUCCCCUACGCAAUCAAGCGGUACCAAGACGAGACGCAGCGGCUCUUCCACGUCCUCGAGAUCAGGCUCAAGGACCGCGAAUACCUCGCUGGACCGGGCAAAGGCAAGUACUCGAUCGCGGACCUCAACGUCUGGCCCUGGAUCCGCGCACACGCUUUCAUAGGCGUGGAGCUGGAUGACGAUCUGCCGGGCUUGAAGGCGUGGAUUGAGAGGAUCGCGGCGCGUCCGGCCGUUCAGGCGGGCAUCAACUCGCCGCCCGACGGCUGGCAGAACGCGAAGAAGUAG